AUGUCUAAUCUUCCCGAAUUGAAAUACACCUCGCUGGACGAGAUCCCUGCGCGCGUUUCCACCGCCCGGAAUGCCUUUUUGGAAAACAAGACUCGUGACGUCGAGUUCCGUCUUGUGCAGCUGCGCAAGCUCUACUGGGCCAUCAAGGAUAAUGAGGAGCUCAUUUUCGAGGCCUGCGAAAAGGACCUGAACAAGCCGCGGUUCGAGACAAAUCUCGCCGAGAGCGGUUGGUUGCUUAACGAUAUUGUCUUCACCACGCGCAAUCUGCACAGCUGGGUUCAGGAUGAAAAAGCCAGCGAUAUCGACCUUGCCUUCAAGUUUAUGAACCCGAAGAUCCGCAAAGAUCCGCUCGGAUGUGUGCUGGUUAUUGGCGCAUUCAACUUCCCCUUCCAGUUGACCAUGGGCCCGGUCAUUGGCGCCAUUGCCGCCGGUAACACCGUGGUCAUCAAGCCUAGCGAGAGUGCCUCCCGCAGCGCGGCCGUUAUGCAGAAGAUCGUCGAGGAGAGCCUCGACCCCUCAUGCUACCACAUCAUCCAGGGUGCUAUCCCCGAGACGCAAGCCUUGCUUGCCGAAAGGUGGGACAAGAUUUUCUUCACUGGUAGUGCCAACGUUGGACGGAUCGUCGCCAAGGCGGCUGCGCCGCAUCUCACCCCCAUUGUUCUUGAGCUUGGCGGUAUCAACCCGGCCAUUGUGACCAAGAAUGCUGAUCCCAGACUUGUCGCUCGCCGCAUGCUUUGGGGUAAGACUUUGAACGCCGGUCAGCUCUGCACUUCGCAGAACUACCUGCUCGUCGACAAGCCCCUUGUCCCCCAGGUUGUUGAGGAGUUCAAGGCCGCAUAUCAGGAGUUCUACCCCGAUGGUGCUAGAAACUCGCCUGAUUACUCCCGUAUCAUCAGCCCCGCUGCUUUCGCCCGUCUCAAGUCCAUGCUUGACAACACCAAGGGUAAGAUCGUUAUGGGUGGAAGCGUGGACGAGAAGGAUCUGUUCAUCGACCCCACUGUUGUCCUGGUUGACUCCGUCGAUGACUCCCUGUGCACACAGGAGAGCUUCGGUCCUUUCAUCCCAAUUUUGGCUGUUGAAGACUUGGACGAGGCCAUCCGCCUCGCCAACGGUGUUCAGAGUACACCGCUGGGUCUCUACCCCUUCGGCAACAAGGCCGAUGUCGAAAAGAUCAUUUCAUCCACACGCUCUGGAGGUGUCUCCGUCAACGAUGCCGCUCUCCACAUCCCCACUCUGCCCUUCGGCGGUGUCGGCGAGAGUGGUCACGGUGCUUACCGUGGCCGUUCCAGCUUUGACGUCUGGGUGCACCGUCGCCCCGUCACCUCCACCCCCAGCUGGCUCGAGUCUAUCCUGUCUAUCCGCUACCCACCAUACGCGGGCAAGAUCAGCACCUGGAACGCGGCCAGCGCAUUGCAGCCUGACUUCGACCGCAACGGCAACAAGGUGACUCUCGGCUGGUUGCGCUAUGUUUCCACCCUCGGUGGAGGCACUGCGGCGUCUGGUGCCGGUAGAGCCGCUACCGUUGCUGCCAGUGAGUAA